CAAGGCUCAAAUUGAUGUGGACUGCGUAGCCCAUUCGUCCCUCGUAGCUCGAGCCGUACGGCAAUGGGUGUCAAUGACGUCCUGAUCCCACCCUGUGCUCCGCGAUAUCGUCCACUAGAUCCACCAGAGCUGGAUGUGGAUUUGCUCAGCUUCGUGCUGCCGCCGGCCAUGGAUAUUGAUGCGGGCUAUCAGUUUGAACGGCCCCCAAUCGAUUCGAAGCCCAUUCUGCAGCUGGCAACUUUUGAAAGUGCCUGGAGCGAAGACAAUGCGAAUGGCGAGUUCCUCCCAGAGGCUAAGAUCGGCUCUAUGCUCUUUCAGGUGAUGAUGGCUUUGAUCCCGGAGAAUGCGACGCCUGUCAACAAGGCCAAGGACGGAGGUGGCCGCCUUCCAAAGGAAGUGCGGCCGCGUGCGCCCCGGCUGAAGCCGUCCCCGCUUCCAUUCACCUUGGAAGAGGUCCCUGAAAUGAGCCUGCCCCUCGCUGAGGAUACGGAUACAGAUGUCUACGCGGAGCUUGAGCAGUUGAAGCCGAUGAUCAGCUUCCAGGAACCAGCACAUGCAGGGCGACCAGGCUUUCUGGGGUGGCUUCACAACGCGGAAACUCUUGAGACGAGCACUGCGUUGGAGAAGAAGCUCGCCUUGGAUGCGGAGAAACGUCCGAGGGCAUCGACAUGUUCCACUUGCGUGACGCUUUCAGACUUUGACGGUCCCAGGUCCAAGAAAGAAGUCGAGGGCUGUCGGCUCGUCUAGACUGAAAGUCGCGGGAUGCUCCCAUGAUUCUCCAAAGAGACACCCAGGCCAAAGGGCAUCGUUGAUGGGCGAUGUGAGGCGUAUCGAUGAUUUCCUUUUAAGCAAUGGCAAUUUUCUGCAAGCAGAGCCUAUAGGGUUCAUGACACGCUCUUUGUUUGUGAGCGGUGCGUACUUUUGGCAGCCCAAAAGAUUGUGAUCUUCCUAGAGUGAUCCUUCUUGACGCCUGUGCAGGAGCUCAGGAGCUCUGAAAGAUGUUGUUGUCACGAAUCCCAGUUGGUGGCUGGAGAGGGUACAUUGAGUUAGCUCUCUGGCCACGAUAUAGAUGCUUCCGAGGUGCAACUUGCCGAUGUGCUACUGCGCCUGAGAGUUGUUUGGGAGAAACCGAGGGCUUACUUUGUGUGCGUGCACCUACACGCAUGCGGGUGCUGAACA